GAAACUCCGAAUCGUGAUCGACCGAACGAAACACCCUUCAAAGAGGAAAAGUUAGCGUCCAGUUCUCUUCUCAACAUCCGUAGGCGUUUGAAUAUCACCUCUUAGGAUGACUUCUCACAUUCGGCCGCUGAUAAUAUUCGGUCCAUCCGGUUCAGGAAAAGGCACCUUGGUGGCCAAAAUGCUAGAAGAUUUUCCCGAUAAAUUUGGAUUUUCCAUAAGCCACACUACCAGAAAACCUCGGCCUGGAGAAAAACACGGUGUUCAUUAUUAUUUCACCGACGAGGACACUAUAAGAGAGGGUAUCGAGAAAGGGAAUUUUCUUGAAAGUGCUGUAUACGGUGGAAACAUAUACGGAACCAGCAAGGCAGCAGUUGAAGAUAUAGCCAAACAAGGGAAAGUCUGCGUACUAGAAAUAGAUGUGCAGGGAGUGAAACAAGUGAGAAACACCGACUUGAACCCGUGGAGUGUUUUCAUCAAGCCGACGUCCCUGAACGAACUAAGAGAACGAUUGAUAAAAAGAAAAACUGAGAGCGAGGAAAGUUUGCAGAAACGGCUCAGUAAAGCAGCAGAAGAAAUAGAGUAUGGAACCACCCCAGGAAAUUUUGACAAGAUUAUUAUUAACGAUGAUUUUGAGACUGCAUAUCAGGAGUUAAAGCAGUUCGUUGUUGAUAAUGUUUUAAAAGAUGAUUAAAUAUGAAAUUGUCAGUAGAAAAA